AUGGCUGUGCUGCUGCGGAAGUUGCGCGCCGGUUAUGCCGAGCAGGGCGAAGACUGGCUCCGCACCGAGCUGGGGAAGCAAAAUCAAAAGGAGCUGCGUAUGCUCGCCGUCGCUGCGGGUGUGCAACAGAAGUCAGCUGGGCGCUCGCUUACCAAGCCGGAGUUGUCGGAAGCUCUAUCACAGAGUAUUGUCGGGGAGCAGGCUUCAUGGGGAAUCGGCGCCGAUGAACCGGCGUCGCAGCAAAAGCUGCAGGAGUUGCGCGCCGGUUAUGCCGAGCAGGGCGAAGCCUGGCUCCGCAGCGAGCUGGACAAGCAAAACCGAGAGGAGCUGCGUGGGCUCGCUGUCGCUGCGUCUGUGCGACAGAAGUCUGCCGGCCGCACGCUUUCCAAAGCGGAUCUGUUGGAUGCUCUAUCACAGAGCAUUGUCGGGGAGCAGGCUUCAUGGGGAAUCGGCGUUCUCGAUGAUUGUCCAUGUCAGCUUCUGUUGCAGCGCGGCGUCAGUGUCGUCGCCAGGUGGGAUGUUUUGUGCUUUGAAGUGAAGCAGUUCUUGCUGUCAGGCCGAUGCUCUUGA